AAUUCUUUUGUUAGCUAUCUUAAAAUAAGCUAGUCUCUCCCGGUGGCUAGCUUUACCGAAGCUACUUAAAAGCUCCCGACUCCCGCCUGAAGUUACGUUGCUAGUGGGUAACUGCGCACUAAUUGUAUGUUUGUGUUAUGUGCAGUUGUGGGAGGUCUACAGCAAUGCUGUUCAAAGUACAGUACAAAGGAAAGAAGAAAUACGUCAAACUAAAUGGAGCCUCACAUUCAGAAUUUCUCAAGGAGGCUAAAAUGAAGUUCAGUAUACCCAAUGAAAAAGACAUAUAUGUGCUGGAUGACACUGGAACAGAGGUCGAUGAAGAGGUAUUCAGUGACAUUCUGGAGGAAAAAACAGACAUCCUAUGGACAAUCGUCGACACUCUUUCAGUCACUGACUUUUCAGACUCUCCUGCAUCUUCAUGCACGGACACCUUGUCACUAUCAUCACGCUCAUCCGAGAGUGAUACUUUUCUGAUGUCGCCAAAAAGACAGCACAUUGAUGACACCUUUCUGAUGUCUCCAAAAAGACCAUGCAUUGAUGAUGACAUCCCAAAGUCCCAAAAGAGUCAGCAUAUUGAUGACAGGUCUUCACAGGCCAAAGAGCUUGUCAAGAGAGUUCUGGAACAAAAGCCUGGAGGGGAGAAAAUACUUAAAGAAUAUGCAACUAAGGGAGAGAUGAAGGAUCGAACACGCCGUGAACUUGUCAACAUUGUUGUUGCUGAUAUGUUGGAAAAGUAUGGAAGUGCUCCGCCAAAGGACAAAAGAACACAAUAUGCAUUGGGGAUUGUAACACUGUUCCCUGCUCUGAAAGAUCCCUAUUCGAAAAAGGGCUAUGAGCAUUUCUUUGAUGCGGAUAGCAACGAGGGCUACAUUGCCUGGAAGCUUAAAAACACACAGCGAGAACUCAGCAGUGGCCGUAGCAGUGGAGUUCGGAGAAGGAGCUCUCAAACCUCAGACAGCAGCGGACCAGAGUUGGAGAGGAAAGUGACUAAAGAGCAACAGCUGGAGGGAGACCAGUGCUGCGAGGCCAUAUCUCUACUGAAACACAGCACAGAUGAAGAACAGAUCUUCAUGAAAAUGAGAGCAACCUUCCAGCACAGACAAAAGUUGAUCCAUGAUCCAGAGCGAUGCAGCACAGUGCUUACAGUUUUCCCAAGGUUCCUUGACACAAAAGGCCUUGUUCUACAAGACUUUGAGCAGUUGUUUGGAGCAGAGACUUCAUCAAAAUUCUUGGAGAAAUGGGGAACACUCCUGAAGGCGAAAGUAAUUGAACAAGCCAAAAACCUCAGCAAAACCCCGCACCUUGACUAUCUCAUUCAGUCUGCAGACGAGAACCCUGAUGAGGAUGGAGAUGAAGAGGUCCCAGGUUGGGAUAGUGACAUGGCCUCAGUUCUCCUGCUUGUCUACCUCCUGCCACCAAGUGGAAAGAAGGGAGCCGUGAAGAUCAGUAUCCGGGAAGCUGUGGAUCGCGUAGUGAAGUUUCAUAAGUCGGGCCGAAGCCUACAAGAACACUCUGGUCCAGCCCAGCGGAGGCAGCCCUACAUCCUGGCAGUUGGCAUCACAAGAAAAAACAUCCAUGAUUACUACAUUGCGAUGGAUGGUGAGCUCCUUCCCUGCAAGGCCGGGUCUUCCCUUUCAGCCUUUGAUGAACUGUUCAAGACGCAUUAUGUGUUUGGGAUCUCCUAUGACCAGGCCUUAAACAGCCUGUACACAUUUGUGCAAACCACUGUCUACAAUAUUGAUGUGGGGCUUUCUCGCGAAACUCCCAGAGUCAAGGACCUCAGGGCAAAGCUCCUCAACUCACGUUGUGAUGUAUAAAUGCUUUGUUUGCCAGUCUACUUUUGUCACCAUCCAGCAGUUGCUCCGUCAUCUCAAACUUACACAUGCCUUUUUUCCCGGCAAGAAGUUUCAUUUGUUGUGUGACCAUAAUGGAUGCCGUCAGAGGUUUUGCACUUUUUCUGGAUUCAGGAAACAUCUCCAUUCCAAGCAUAGUCCUGAAAGUCUAGUUCAAAUUGAUAAUGAAUCUGUCACUCCGACUGUCACUCCCUCAGUUGGUGUAUCCGAUCAGCAAACAAUGUCAGCUUCAAUUUCAGAGCAACCAGUGAAUUCUCAAAGCUGUAAUGAGACUAGGCAACAUACCCAAGAAAUGUGUGCAUCCCUUAUUGCAAAACUCCAAAGCUGUGGUGUGGCUACUAAUGUCAUAAAGACUGUUGUUGAAAAUAUGGAGGAGCUUGUAGAGGAACUACAUUCAAAUGUGAAAGAUGAUGUUGUAAAAUUGCUCCCUAAUGUUGAGGACAUGAGAACAAAAUUUGAUGAUUAUUUUGAAAACCUUGAAAAUCCAUUUAGCAAACUGAACACUGAGACAAAAUGGAAAAAACAUUUCAGUGAGAAAUGGGGUCUUGUAGAACCUGUUGAGGUCGCUCUAGGGGUGAGGUAUGACACCAGAAGGAAUCGAACCACUGGCACAUACGAUCAGGUUCCUGUGACAGACAAAUUUGUGUACAUUCCUCUUUUGGAAACGCUGAAGUUUAUAUUCAACAACAGAGAGAUUUUAAAUCAUAUUUUGCGGCCUUGUGAGAAGACUGGGUUUUAUAAAGAUUUCUGUGAUGGGAGUUAUUUUAAAGAUCACCCCCUCUUCUCUAAAAAACCAAACUCUCUCCAAAUACAGAUAUUCUAUGAUGAUUUUGAAGUGGCAAAUCCACUAGGAUCCAAACAUGGUAUCCAUAAGAUUGGAAGUAUAUACUUUAUUUUACGAAAUCUGUCUCCAAAGAUAAACUCAGCGCUUAUGAAUAUUCAUCUUUUGGCACUUUUUCAUACAGAGGAUGUAAAAAAGUAUGGAUUUAAUUUCAUUUUAGAACCCAUCGUACAUGAUCUGAAAGUCCUUGAGUGUACAGGAGUUGAAGUUCCUUUCUCUGAUGAACCAGUUUAUGGAACAAUUGCACAAGUGACAGGGGACAAUUUGGGAUUGCACUCCUUACUUGGGUAUGUUGAAUCAUUCAGUUCGAACUAUUUUUGCCGCUUUUGUCUGGUAGACAAACAAACCUCACAGACAGUUUUCAGUGAUGAUGAUCCAAGAAUAACACUGCGCAACAAAGUAUUGCAUGCUCAGCAUUGCAAUGAUUUGAAGGCAGAUCCUACACUGCCAUCAACAUUUGGAGUGAAGCGAACAUGUUUACUCAAUGAUCUACAGUACUUUGAUGUUUCUGAUAACUAUGCAGUAGACAUUAUGCAUGACAUAUUGGAAGGAGUUGGGCAAUUUGAGCUGAAGUUGCUUUUUGGUUAUCUCUCAGACAACAACAUCAUAUCCAAGACAGAUAUUUGUAACAGGAUAUAUGCAUACAAUUAUGGCUUUGUAGAGAGAAAGAAUCGACCAACCAGAAUCAACUUAGAGCAGAAUGGAAACGGAAUUGGUCUCAAUGCCAUUCAGACAUUUUGCUUGAUCCGGAAUGUGCCCUUGAUAUUUGGAGAUGUUGUCCAAGAAGGAAAUGCACAUUGGAGACUCUUGCUGCUUCUGCUGCAAAUCAUCAACAUCAUAUUUUCUCCUGUCAUUACUGAUGGCAUGACAGUAUGUCUGAAACAUCUCAUUCUUGAACAUCAUAAACUUUUCAAAGGGCUUUAUUCACAUCGCAAAAUGAUUCCCAAACAUCACUUCAUGAUUCAUUACCCCAGAUCCAUUCGAAAAAUAGGUCCAAUUCUUCAUGUUUGGGCGAUGAGGUUUGAAGCCAAACAUAGGUUUUUCAAGAACACAAUAAAAAAUUUCAAAAAUAUAACAAAGUCAUUAGCUAAAAAACAUCAGAUGGCUGUGGCAUACCACUGGGAAUCAGUGCCAUUUAAAAGUAUUGACUGUGGUCCAGUAAAAACUGUUCAGCUCAAUGCCUUGGCAAAUGGUGAAAUAAUUGCUGAAGAACAGCAGGUUGACUUGGACUGUGAAGUUGAUGUGACACCUUGGAUCACUUGUUUUGGGACAGAGUAUCGCCCAGGUCUUCUGGUUUGUUCAAACAUAGAAGAGGAUUUCCCAGUAUUCAGUCAGAUAAAAGACAUUGUUGCAUUUAAUGGAGACUAUUUUCUUCUAGCAGAAGAUUUUGAGACACUUAGUUUUGCAGAGCAUUUUCAUUCUUUUCAUGUCAGACAGGGAUUUUCUGAAAAUGUUUCCCUGCUGAAAGUUGAUGAGUUGCUCAUGUUUAAGCCAUUUGAUCUGCAGACAACGUAUGGUUUUGACAGAGAAGAUCAAUAUGUGGUGCCUGUGCAUGUUUUUGUGUAAGAAAUGUGUUAAGUGGUUGCACGCUGUUUUUCAUCUUGGCAAUUAUAUUUGCAAAAAAUUAUUAUUAUUAUUUUUUGCACCACGGCUCCAUAACUUAAGACAAGUUUUACGUCCUUGUAACAACAGUUGACUGUUCACUUCCAUAACAAGACAAGAUACUUGUUAGAAUAUAUGGUAAUAACUAUUAUAACAAUAAAUUUGUUAUGUUUUGGUUUUGACAGAGAUGAUCAGUAUGUGGUGCUGGUGCACGUUUUUGUACAAGAAAUGUAUUACGUAAGUGAUUGCCCCCUUUUUGUUUUUCAUCUUGACAAUUAUUUUUGCAAAAAUUGAUUUUACAGGGGUUUUUUUUGCACCAUGGCUUCUAACAUAAGAUGUUUUAUGUCCUUGUAACAAGAGUUAGCUUCCAUAACAAGACAAGAUACUUGUUGGGAUGUAUUGUAAUAAUAAAGAUAUUAUAUUUCAGGAAA